AUGACACAAGAUCGCGACGGUGCUCAUAUAGCCGAGAAGCCGAAUGGCGACUAUCUCGAGGAAGCAGCCGAGAUGGACCAUGAAGCCGGCAUCUCGAAAGAGGGUGCGGAGGUAACACCCAUCACCUCUGCAUUUGCCGACUGGGGUAGGGCGAAAUGUAUCAAGAAGUUCUGGAGACUCUACGCCUGCGGCCUCUCUGUGUACGCAGGCUAUGCAAAUUCGGUAGUCGGAAGCAUCGUCGCCAACGAAGGCUUCAUCAAGCAAUUCGCUACCGUUCGAGAUCCGAAGACUGGCCAACCGGCUCUCAACGCCAACCAUGUAUCCCUAUGGAGCUCCAUGUUCUUCGUCACUGCCAUCGCCAUUCAGCUCAUCGCUCCCCACACAGCGGAUCGCUUCGGGCGCAAGUUCAACAUGUGGGGAGUCACGUUCUUCCUGACAUUGUCCAUCAUAGUAGCCAUUAUAUCAAAGAAUUGGACCGUCCUUCUUGUCGCUCGACUGAUCGCAGGCUGUGCCGGUGGUAUGAUGGGAACAUCUGUCAUGGUGUACAUGUCCGAGAUUGCAAUGCCUCAGUUCCGUGGCGCGCUAUUGGGCAGCUUUUCCCUCGCCUUCUCGUUGGGUCAAGUUUUCCUUGCCAUCAGACUCAAGAUCCUCGAGGACACCAACCCCAUGCACUUUAAAAAACAUCUUCUACUCGGAUCACCAGCCUGGUAUGCCUCCAAGGGGAAGCACGAAGAAGCCAAGAAGUCCCUCCGCAAACUCGUUGGAGACGUCGAGGGUUGCGACGUUGAACACGAAUACGCUGUCAUGCGGUAUGAAAUCGAUCAGUCCAUCGCCCUUUCCCAGUCCCUCGGCGGCGAUAGUGACUGGAAAGCCCUCAUGACUCCAAUCAACCUCAAGCGUGCCAUCAUCUCAACCCUGCCCCUGACCUUUCAGAAUGUUGUUGGCGUGCCUCUCAUGUUUGGCUACACAACAUAUUUCUUCUCCAUGGCAAACGUCGAAGAUCCCUUCUUGGGCAAAAUCGUCAUCAACGCCAUUCUUCUGGUCGGGAUGAUCUUGUCGUUCUACAUGGUUGACAAGGUCGGUCGCCGCACCCUGGUUCUCGGAGGGGGUUUCGGCAUGAUGGUCAUUUGCUUCAUCGUCGGCGGCCUGGGGUUUAUGCAACCCACCUCGGCGUCUGGUCCUGUACUGAUUGCUCUAUGCGGUAUCUGGGCGUUCCUGUAUGCCAACUCACUGGCUCCAAUCGGAUGGAUCUCACUUGUCGAGGUCUCAAGUCCGAAGUUGAGGGCAAAGACAACUUCACUAGCUGUAACCGUUCAGUACAUCACGGGUAUCAUUUUUAACUACACUGUGCCGUUGAUGCUUUCAAAUCAGUACGCUGGCUGGCAGCAAAAGAUUGGUCUCUUUUUUGGAGGCAUUACCUUUGUAUACCUGAUCCCUUGUGUUCUGCUCUAUCCUGAGACCAAGGGGCGCACAUAUCAAGAGCUUGAUGAACUAUUCGAGCGCCGUAUUCUCGCAUGGAAAUUUGCCAAAACAAAGACAGCGCAUCAGGCCGGUAUCGAGCUGCGCGCUCGAGACCUUUAA